CAGGGGCCUCUUUCUGAACCGGGCAGAUCAUCUCAAGUCUGCCAGCAUGAGGACGACAUUGUUGCUGGAAAUCCUGUGACGGCUGGGUAUCUGUAUGGAGGAGUGUCUUCGCCGCUUGGGAAUCCGGUCCAGCUUCAUCGACAAUCACCAUUAGCCUGGGGUGGGAGUCUGCGUCCUUCUUUGGUUGCCAGCAUUCGGUCGGCAGAUAAUAUCAACUUGUACGCCCUCCAAUGUGUUAUCGACAUUCUCGAUAGUCGCCAGGGUGUUGAACAGACGGUUUUGGCCUUUUUCGAGGGCCCCAACGCCAGCUGGUUCAGCAUUAUCGAUCGUUCAAAUUUCGAGAGGUUACUGGAGGAUUUCUGGACCAGCCCAUCAGCGGAAACAUGUGUUUUGAUACUUUGCAUGUCGCUGAUCUCCCGUCCAACGAUUUCGAGCCCGGGCCCGACACCGAUGGGCGAUACCGUUUAUCAGUCGGCCAAAACGCUCUUGAGUUUGGUCCAGAGUCAAAGUAGCCGCCCCAUGUCCACCUCCUUUUUGCAGGCAGAACUCCUAGUCGCCAUGUACGAGUACACUCAGGCUCUACCACAGCAAGCAUAUCUGUCUGUUGGGCGAUGUUUCCAGAUGAGCCGCGCUCUCGGUUGGCAGGAUAAGUCGUACUGGGGCCCAAACAACAUGGCAACUAUACCAAAGAUCCUCAAGCUCCAUUCGAUCCUGUGGUGGGCAAUGGUGUAUAUCGACAACCAUCUUCAUGCUGCAUAUCAGGAGUCCAAGUUCCCCUUGCAUGCUCCCACCCUCGGGCUCGAAUUCGAGAUACCCCAGCCCGAAACUUUCGGCCAAUUUGCGCCGACGCCAUCGCAGCUUCAAAUCCAGAGUGUUGGUGCAGCAUAUUGUGACGGCAACUCUCACCAUAUCGACGGCAUGGUUUUCCCCGAGGCAACAUCUGCGUUCAAUCUGAACACCGCUCUUAGCCCGCUGGAUAGCCCACUGAUGUUGUCGGAACGCCAUGAGGAACUCUCGGAUGCUGUCUGGCAGCACACUCUCAACGUCUUCCAGACUCCGUGGAGUACUGGCGACCGGAACGGGGCGAUGAGCACCAACUUGAUGAAGGCUAUCGCGUACCUCCAUAAUGAGGCGGCGAACUUGCCGAGUUUCCAAGAGCGAUUGGCACGGGGGAGGGUGGCUCCUUUCUGGGCUUUUGCGGCGUACUAUGCAUCGCUUUUGCUCAUUUCUCAUGGUGAAACGGAGCUCCAAAUGGCGGCGGACUGGCUUCAGAAGGUUAUCGAUUUGAAGAAUAUGCUGCACAUUUGCGCUGGAAGGUGGAAGAUUGCUGGUAAGCCUUUCCUAGUGUAG